AUGGUUAACACGGGAAAGCCUUCUGGGGGCUGCAAGCUGUGCAAGUUGAGGCGCAUCAAGUGUGACGAGGCCAAGCCCUUCUGCAUGAAGUGUAAAAAGGCCAAACGGGACUGUCCAGGCUAUUCUGACCCUUUCGAAGCCAAAAUCCGUGACCAGACACAGGCAACCAUCAGGCGAUUUCGAAAGAUGCGUGGUGACACCACAGGAGCCGAGAGUCGCAUCAGUCUACCCCAGCAAUGA